AUGGCGGAGCGUGCGCCGCUGCUGGGCAGCCCGCGUGCGAACGCCAGCAAGCUGCGCGCGAUCGAGGAGGCCGCCAAGGCACGCGCACGCGAGGUGGCGGUGGAGAGAAACAACGUGGACGGUCUGCGGGCAGCGGCGGACGAGGAGGUGCGUGCGCGCAAUCCGUUCCUGCCGCGCAACGACGUGCGCGGUGUGCCGCUGCGUGAGCUGGCGCUGACACGCGACCCCGAGUACGCGAAACUGUCGGACCGCCGCCUGGAGCUGAAGCAGCAGCCGCUGGAGAAUGCGGAGGAGCUGGCGGCUGUCGAGGCGCGGCUGAAGGAGCGUGCGGCGGAGAUUGCGGACGCGAAGCUGGCGGCGGAAGAAGGGCUGCGCGCUACGUACCCGACCGUGGUGACGGCGCCGGGUGCGGCGACGCUGUCGUCGCUGUUCCUGCCGCUGGACGCGAAGCUGGUGCAGCUGGCGCAGCAGCGUGCGGCCCUGACGGCGCAGCCGAAGCCGGAUGCGGCGGCACUGCGUGCGGUGGACGAGGCCGCUGCGGUGCGGGUGCAGGAGCUGGUGAAUGAGGACGCGAAGGCGGAGCGCGAGGGGGCGCAGGCACGCGCGGCGGUGCUGAAGCAAUAUCCGAUGUGCGCGCGUGAAGUGACGGAGGCCGUAGGCAAGGACGCGAUGUUCGCGUCGCUGGCGGCGCGCCGUGCGGGGCUUCUGUCGGACCCCGUCGCCAACACAGCGCCGCUCGUCGAUGUCGAGGACCUGAUGCGCGAGCGUGGUGUGGAGGUGGAGUCUGGUCGGCGGCGCCGCAGACGCCCCGCCAACCCGCCGCGCCUGCUGGACAUCAACGACGUGGCGCUGGAGAACGGCGAGGUGGACGACUACCACAACCGCCGCCAGCGCCACCGCCGUGGCCGCAUGCUGGACGCGAAGGAGGUGCCGGUGGAGGAGGCCGGCGAGGUGCGUGAGCAGCCGGAGGACACAACGCUGCCGCCCAAGUCGCGCCACGUCGCCGCACUGCGCAAGAACGACCCAUACUACCAGGAGCUCGUGGCGCUGCGCGACGCGCUGGUGGCGGAGGACGAAGCCGCCAACGCGGACGCCAUCCGCUGCGUGGAGGAGCAGUUGAAGGACCGCGCACACCAGCUGAGCGACGAUGCGGCGCGUGUGCAUGCGGCGGAGAUGCGCGCGGAGGCCGCACUGCAGGCACGCUACCCCUUCCUCGGCUCCACGGUGACCGGCGAGAUGCUCACGGCUGUCGGGCUGGAGGACGACGAGGCCUUUACGGCGCUGGCGACGGAGCGCGCGACGCUCAAGGCCACGCCGACGGCGUCGCGUCUGGCCGUGGCAGACGUGGAGCAGAAGAUGCGUGCGCGCGCCAGCGAGCUUGUGGCGCAGCACGCACGCGACGACGAGGCGCUGGCAACGCUGAUGCCGUACGUGGGUGCGCUGCCGGGCGGCGUGACGCUGCGCGAGCUGGACAUCGCCAACGACCCGGACGUGAAGCCGCUGCUGGCGCAGCUGCAGGAGCUGGCAAAGGACCCUGGGGCUGCGAGCGGGCCGGAGGCGAAGCGACUGGAGAAGGCGAUCGGCGAGCUGGCGCGGCGCGUGGCGGAGGACGAGGCGGAGCGCACGCGCCACGAGCUGGUGGACGCGGAGGGGCUGCACGAACGCUUCCCGUUCCUGCCGGAGGAGCCGGUCGCCGGCAUUCCGCUGGUGGAGGCCGGCGUGCUGGAGGACCCCGAGUUCCGCGCGCUGGCGAACGCGCUGGAGGACCUGCGGAAGCGUCCUCGCACCGCACCUGAAGCCCUGCGCGCUGCGGAGGAGGCGCUGGCGGGACGUGCCGCAGAGGUGGCGGCCGGCAAGCUGCGCGCGACGGAGGAGGCGCAGGCGAAGCACCCGUUUCUGCCGAAACGCAUUGCGGGUGUGUUUGUGGGUGACCUGCCGCUGGAGAGCGACGAGACGUUCCAGGCGCUCAUGGCGGAGCGUGCGCCGCUGCUGGGCAGCCCGCGUGCGAACGCCAGCAAGCUGCGCGCGAUCGAGGAGGCCGCCAAGGCACGCGCACGCGAGGUGGCGGUGGAGAGAAACAACGUGGACGGUCUGCGGGCAGCGGCGGACGAGGAGGUGCGUGCGCGCAAUCCGUUCCUGCCGCGCAACGACGUGCGCGGUGUGCCGCUGCGUGAGCUGGCGCUGACACGCGACCCCGAGUACGCGAAACUGUCGGACCGCCGCCUGGAGCUGAAGCAGCAGCCGCUGGAGAAUGCGGAGGAGCUGGCGGCUGUCGAGGCGCGGCUGAAGGAGCGUGCGGCGGAGAUUGCGGACGCGAAGCUGGCGGCGGAAGAAGGGCUGCGCGCUACGUACCCGACCGUGGUGACGGCGCCGGGUGCGGCGACGCUGUCGUCGCUGUUCCUGCCGCUGGACGCGAAGCUGGUGCAGCUGGCGCAGCAGCGUGCGGCCCUGACGGCGCAGCCGAAGCCGGAUGCGGCGGCACUGCGUGCGGUGGACGAGGCCGCUGCGGUGCGGGUGCAGGAGCUGGUGAAUGAGGACGCGAAGGCGGAGCGCGAGGGGGCGCAGGCACGCGCGGCGGUGCUGAAGCAAUAUCCGAUGUGCGCGCGUGAAGUGACGGAGGCCGUAGGCAAGGACGCGAUGUUCGCGUCGCUGGCGGCGCGCCGUGCGGGGCUUCUGUCGGACCCCGUCGCCAACACAGCGCCGCUCGUCGAUGUCGAGGACCUGAUGCGCGAGCGUGGUGUGGAGGUGGAGUCUGGUCGGCGGCGCCGCAGACGCCCCGCCAACCCGCCGCGCCUGCUGGACAUCAACGACGUGGCGCUGGAGAACGGCGAGGUGGACGACUACCACAACCGCCGCCAGCGCCACCGCCGUGGCCGCAUGCUGGACGCGAAGGAGGUGCCGGUGGAGGAGGCCGGCGAGGUGCGUGAGCAGCCGGAGGACACAACGCUGCCGCCCAAGUCGCGCCACGUCGCCGCACUGCGCAAGAACGACCCAUACUACCAGGAGCUCGUGGCGCUGCGCGACGCGCUGGUGGCGGAGGACGAAGCCGCCAACGCGGACGCCAUCCGCUGCGUGGAGGAGCAGUUGAAGGACCGCGCACACCAGCUGAGCGACGAUGCGGCGCGUGUGCAUGCGGCGGAGAUGCGCGCGGAGGCCGCACUGCAGGCACGCUACCCCUUCCUCGGCUCCACGGUGACCGGCGAGAUGCUCACGGCUGUCGGGCUGGAGGACGACGAGGCCUUUACGGCGCUGGCGACGGAGCGCGCGACGCUCAAGGCCACGCCGACGGCGUCGCGUCUGGCCGUGGCAGACGUGGAGCAGAAGAUGCGUGCGCGCGCCAGCGAGCUUGUGGCGCAGCACGCACGCGACGACGAGGCGCUGGCAACGCUGAUGCCGUACGUGGGUGCGCUGCCGGGCGGCGUGACGCUGCGCGAGCUGGACAUCGCCAACGACCCGGACGUGAAGCCGCUGCUGGCGCAGCUGCAGGAGCUGGCAAAGGACCCUGGGGCUGCGAGCGGGCCGGAGGCGAAGCGACUGGAGAAGGCGAUCGGCGAGCUGGCGCGGCGCGUGGCGGAGGACGAGGCGGAGCGCACGCGCCACGAGCUGGUGGACGCGGAGGGGCUGCACGAACGCUUCCCGUUCCUGCCGGAGGAGCCGGUCGCCGGCAUUCCGCUGGUGGAGGCCGGCGUGCUGGAGGACCCCGAGUUCCGCGCGCUGGCGAACGCGCUGGAGGAUAUGCGGAGGGACCCGGAAACGAAGGACAGCGCGGUGAAGGUGAUGGAGCGCAGUCUCACCGAUGUCGCCAGGCGUCUUGGAGAGGCGAAGGUUAAUGCGACGGUGGACACGCAGGCGCAGUACCCGUUUCUGCCGAAGCGCAUUGCGGGUGUGCUUGUGGGCGACCUGCCGCUGAAGGGAGACCGCACGUUUGAGGCGCUUGCGACGGAGCGUGCGGUGCUGCUGGAGAAUCCGCGCACGAAUGCGACGCGGCUCAUCGUGUUGGAGACGCUGGCGUGCGAGCGGGCACGUGCGAUUGCCGAGGACGUCAAGGCGGUGGAGCUGUUCCGCAUUGACGAGGACGAGGCGCUGCGGGCCCGGCACCCCUUCCUGCGUUACAGCGAUGUCUCACUCAUUCCGCUGCGGGAGGUAGGGAUUGAGAUGGACCGCAAGGUGCAGCGUUUGACGCGACGUCGUUUGCGCCUACGCGGGGCAUCGACCGUCGACUUUGCGGCCGUGGAGCUGGUGGAGGGCGAGUUGCGAGAGCGUGUGGCGGAGUUGGCGGGUCGGGUGGUGGCAGCCGAGAUGAAGGGCCGUCGUCGCUUCCUGCCGCGACAGCGCCGCAAUGCCGGUGUUGUCUUCACCGCGCUGCACAUCCCCGAUGACGAAGAAAUUGUGGAGUGGCGGCUUGACGUGAUGGAGAACCCGGACUGCGACGACGAUGACGAGGCGGUGGCGAAAAAGGCGAUGAGGCGGCGCGGCAAUGUGCUGCUCGACGCGUACCUGGAGGCUGAGGCGGACGUGGCGAAGGAGCUGCAUCGCCUGCGCCGCGCGAACCCAAUUUGUGUCCGCGAUGUCAACCCCUCGGUGGAGCAGGACGACUACCUGACGACGCUGCGCGCCGCCUACGCGGACUGGGCGGCGUUCAUGGUCAAGGAGGAGCCGACACUCGUGCAGGUGGAGGAGGACAUUCGCGCCCGCAGUGUUGCACUCAUCGGCGACGACCGCUGCGUCGCGGACGCGCUCAACAACUACUGCGCCGCGGAGGCGGAGUUGCGGCUGGCUACGGCACACCGCAAGCCAGGAAAUCAAGUCGCCCGACUGCGGUUCACGACGGACGUCGCGCAGUACAAACACCGGCUGUGGUCUCGACGACAGGCGCGUCGGCGUGUGCUGGCAACACUCUUUGAUUUCCCAGACGAAGAGGGCGACUUCAUCGACGAUGACGGGGCGGACUCGUGGACGGACGAGGACACCUACGCAGCCCACGCGCGCACGGCGUACGCAAAGGCUGCCAAGGACUCCUACUUUUUGUUCCUGCAACGUCAGAAGGCCGUCUUCACGGCAGCCGGGCACGGUAGUGGCUCGCGCUGCGUUUCGGAGCUGCUGAAGCGGCGUCUGCGUCAGCUGACGACAGAUGCGGCUCGUCAGCAGCGCAGUGGACAGCGACGGAGCAACGCAAUCCUGCGACGGUUCCCGUUCUUGAAGACAAGCAACUACAUGAGCGUGCUGCUGCCGGAACUGCACCUGGAUGAGGAUGAUGAAUUCAUGCGGCUGGCAGCUGAGCGGGAGAAGUUGCUGAAGCCACCGAGUGAGCUGCGCGACCGCUACCCCUUCCUUCCUGCGGUGAUUGACGGAGUGCCGAUCGAGGAGCUGGGCCUGGAGUCGGAUGCGGAAUUUAUGCGGCUCGCGUCGCAGCGGGAGGACCUUCUCGGCCCGCUUCGUGCAAAGCUGAAGGGCGUACUGGACCGAGAGGAGGCCAUGCGGACACGCUUGAGUGAGCGGGUCGCGGCCCACAUCGCCGAGGAGAACGCGCAGCGAGACAAGUAUCGAUUUGUGGACAUUCAGGAGCUGCAGGUGUCUCUGCAACGGCUACAUCUGGAGCGCGAUGUGCCGUUCAUGGCCAUGUACGCGGAGUACAACAAUGUGCGUCGCAGCUCGGCGACGGAGGACUCAUCGGGGCUGCUGAACCCGCAGAAGGGUCAGCGCAGUCGUCUGAGCAGCCUGGUGUUGAGCAACGCCUCGCUGAGCACGACGCAGUCGCAGCGCCCUCAUGUGAAGACGGUAGCGCAGAAGAAGCUGGAGAAGGAAAUGCGGGACUGGGUAAUGCGGCGUGCCGAGGAGGAGGCGGUGUGGGAGACGUCGAACAUGAUGGACUUGGAGAGCCUGGCGGACCGCUUCCCCUUCCUGCCAGUGGAGCCGAUCUUUGGGACGCAUCUGGGCGAGAUCGGCGCACUGCAGGACGUGGUCUUCUGCGGCAUGGCCGCUGAGGUGGAACGGGCGCGGAAGGAUAUCGCCCCUGCAGCGGAAAUCACCGACGCAGAGAAGGCCCUCGCCGCCCACGUGAUGAAGCUGGCGGCGGACAAGCGCGACGAGUCCGCGCGGCGGCGGCGGCGCUUCCCACACCUGCCGCAGCGUGUUGCCGGCAUGUUGGUGAGCGACAUUGAGCUGCCUGCCUCGGCUGGCAUUUACGAAAACGACGCGGAGAGCGCGCUGCAGACGUACCACGAAGCCGCCGCGCGUGCGAAAGGACGGCGAGUGUGCGAUGUGGAGGAAGACGAGGCGGUGCGCACGCGCCACCCCUUUAUUGAGAUGAACGACAUUCACGGAGUCCCGCUGCGUCAACUCUCCUUGGCGGACGAUUCAAUUUUUAUGUCGUACCUGUCCAAGUGGCGGAAGGUGCUGUCGAAGGCAACAAUUGACCGCGAGAAACUGCGCAUCUACGAAGAUUUAUUGCGCGAGCGGGCAGAGGAACAGGCGCUGCGCAUUGUCGACGUGAACACCGCCGUGUCGAGCCGUCUGCGUGCCCUGAAACUCGAUGGCGUGUGGCCGCAGGAGGUGCCGCUGCUGGACGUGCACAACCUGCUGGUGCGGGAGCGCGACGCGCUGGUGGCGGAGCACGAAGGCGGGAAGGUGCCGUCGGUGUCGGACGACGACCGCGCGUUGGUCACCGCCGUGUCGACGACGUACAAGGCGGCUGCCGAGGACCUGCAGCACGAGUUGACGUCGCUGCGCCUGCGCUAUCCAUGGAGCGUCCGCGACGUGAACCCGGCGCUGAACCGCGACGAGGAGUUCCAGCAGCUGGAGAAGCAGCGGCAGCGUCUGCUGGCGAGCCCGCACCAGGUCGACACGAUGGAGUCCAUCGAGAAGGAGGAGCGGAAGCGCAGUGUGGAGCUGAUCGAGGACAGCGCCUACGUGGACGAGGCUGCUGAGGCGUGUACGGCGGCCGCGCAAAAGCCACUGCGCCGUCUAUCCGGUGAGGAGCUGACGCGCCGCUGGAAGCACCAACUCCGGCUCGACCACCACCGGCGCCGCUUCGUCACCUUCGAGGACAUCCCCGAUGACGCCGGGCAGACAAGUGACGCCGCGAGCCGCAACGUGAAGCGGCGCAAGUCGCGUGAGCGCAAAAAGCGUGGGAUGAGCUGGUCGAGGCUGGACAUGGACGCGGUGCCGGACAACGUCUUUACGGAGAUCAAGGAGGACGAGUACCACACCAGCCUGGCGGGGUCGGUGCAGCUGAGUGAGAUGCCGGUCGGGUCGGAAGCCGCGGGUCCGGCGUCGUCGGGAGCGGAAGGCGGGAUGGGCGGUCCGCAGCGUCGGCGCCGCUCCGGCGGUCCACGUCAGCGGCUGGGCAGCGCGACCGCUGAGAGCGUCCCGGUGAUGGAGGCGUCGGUGAUGAAGGAGGACGGUCGCAUUGUGCCGGUCGACGUGGCGGAGAGCAGCUUUGCCUCCUCCUCGGUGGUGCCGGUGUCGAACGUAGACGCCUCUCAGCGGCCGCAGUCGGAGACGAUGGCGACGAGCAGCGACGCUAGUGGGCUGUCGCCGCAGGCCGGCGAGAACCUGCCACCUGGACGCAAGACGAAGAAGCGGGUGCUGAAGAAGCGCCUGCGGGCACGCCGCACGAGCACCGCCUUCGUCAGCGCCAUUCCGGACAUGGUCCAUGGGGAGUUGGUGGAGCACGACAUAGACGAGCUCGAGUCCAGUGUGCCCACCCUCGCAGAUAAAGCCGAGGGGAGCAGGACGCACUCCGCUGCAAAGCGCAUUCCACAGCCGCCCUUGGCGCAGCGUCGAAAGAUGGCGGUGAAACCGGUUCCCACGAAGCCUCGUCUUGCAGCACGCGGCAUCAAGUCAACACCGACGGCAGCAACGGCGCGUCAGCGUGUGGCGUCUGCCAAGGCCACUCCGGAGCCGGUGGUGACGACGAAGACGCGACGACGCGGCACGUCCCGCUUGGGCCGGCAGUCACUGACGGCAACCGGCGAAUCGCCGGAGGUGACGGUGGGGCUGCUGGACGAGCAGAGGAGCGAGCAGAAGCCGCAGGUGGAGGUGACGGCGGCGCCGAGCCAAACCGCGAUGGCGGCCGGGCGGAAGCUGGAGUUGGAAGACCAGCGCCCCCUCGCCCCGUCGGAGCGGGCGUCGAGUGCGGCCAAGUCGCGGCAGGGCAGCCCGCAGCCAUCGACAAGCCGCGCUCGCGCGCGCGGCAGCAUCUCGAAGCCACCGGAAGAGACAGUGAUGCGGAAGAAGACGCCAGAGGUGCCGGUGGCACGGUCAGGCAGCGCAGCGAACAGCGAGUCGAAGAAGCGCACCCGCAGCGCGAGUGCGGCUAAGACGCGCAAGACGGCGGCGGUUGUCACGCCCCCCCUGUCAACGCCAACCAAGUACCCGACCUACUCCUUAGACGCCGUCGUGCCAGAAGAUGGUCCGGAGGCGGCGGAGGUGGCCGAGCAACAGACCCUCGUGAAGGAGGUGCUGACAGCGCUGACGCCCACCCUCGCGCGUCCGGUGACGCUGGAGGAGGUGGAGGCGGCCAGCGUGCCGAUGGACUACGUCUUUGAACACUACGACCUCGGCAUGUACGCUGCGGCCACCAACCAGUCCAGCGCGCUACUCCGGGCCCGUCAGCAGGAGCUGGAGAAGGCGCUGAAGGCGUGGAUCGUGCAGCGGGCCGCCACGCCGCUCGAGCCGGCGGAGCAGCGCGCCGCGAACAUUCAGCGCGUGCGGCAGGAGCGGCGGCGGCGGCUGGCGACUCGCCGCGACCCGGCCGAGAACCCGCGCGAUCUGCCGCUGCGGUGGGCGCGGCUGACGGCCGAGGAGCUCGACGAGGACACUGGGCUGCGUCAGUUGAUGGACAGCUGCGCCGCGCAGUCCCGCGUCGCCGACCACCUCGUCGCGUGGUCGACGCGCAAGCAGGCUGCCAACGAGGCCCUCUUCGCCCGCUUCCCCUUCCUGCCCACCCUGGUGUCAGGGUACGCACUGACCGAGAUUGGCUUCACGAGUGACCCAGACUUCCAGCGCUACACCCGCGGUGGGGCGUAUCAGGAGAGCGCGCACGUGCAGCAGCAGAUGCGCGACGUGGUGGAGAAGGUGGCGCGUGCCAAGGCGGCUGCGGCGGAGGGCCGGCGACCAACGCGCUACGUUGAUCGCGUCCGUGUAACCGUCACGACGACGCGUGACCCGGCCGAGAAGGCGGAGACGUCGACGGAUGCGGCACCCGCUGGCGGGGACCUGACGCAGCUCGUGAAGGACGCCCAGGCCAUGAUGGAGCAGCCGGAAGACCGGCAGAUGCUGGACGCCAUCCGCGCGGCACGGGAGAAGCGCUCAAGCACGUUCCUGGACCGGCGCAGGCGUCUCGCCUUCAUCUCGCAGAGCAAGCAAGACGCGGAGCGGCUGAUCAAGCGCAUGAUGAUCCGCAUGAAGAAGGAGAAGACGUCCGACAUUCCGCUGAGCAUGGAGGACGUCGAGGCCCUUCGCACCUUCUUCGACGGCGUCGACCUGGACCACUUCGGUGUGCUGGAUCGCACCGAUGCAACAGACUUCAUUAUGCUCACUCUCGGCGAGGCGAAGCGCAUGAGCCGCGUAGAUGUGGAGAAACUUCUCUUCCCCGACACCCCACGUGGCACCCCGCUGCCCACGCUGGUUGACUUCAGCGACUUCUCGAAGUUCUACAAGGCGGUGGCGCUGCAGGACCUCGUGAAGCAGGAUUUCUCGUUUGAUCAGCAGAACAUGGUGACUAGGGCGGCCGCCGCCAUCCAAGGCGGGGCUGGUGGGAACGGCGGUGGUGCUGCCACGGCAUCGGCGGGGGUCUCGCCGCGUCGACCGGAGCCGCCGUCCACGAACGCGCGUGCGGGUGGUGGUGGUGGUGGUGGCCGUCGCGGCCGUCUCUCCGUGGCUCCGGUGACGCAACCUUCCACGUCUCACGACAGCAGCGCAGGCGCCGCCGGCGGUUUCGCAGAGCAGCCCUUCACGGCUGCCCGCGCCGUCUCCGCAGCGAGCCGCACCCCUACGCGUAGGCAGCCCGCGCUGACGCUGCAGCCGCGUCGGCCAUCAUCGGAGCCGCGAGCGCUCGCAGCGACAACUGGGGCCAGCGAGGUCGCGGCGUCGGCCAAUCGGCGACUGCGCCGUGCCGCUGGUCCGAGCAACAGCAACGAACGUGAUGGUGCGGAGCCUGCCGCGACGGAUCGGUGGUUUGUGAACGGCCGCCCUACCUCCGGCCACUCCCACAGCUCCAACUAA